AGAGGUUUCAGUACCAGGGUCAGCGCAUCAAGGGCUCCGCAAAGGAUCACACCUCAGCCUUCAGCAGACGUGUAAGGAGAUGCAACAGAGAAGCGGUUUCCAGCUCUUGCUCAUCGUAGCCCUGUGCAGUGUUUUGUACUCCCGCACCGCAAGCUUACCUUAUGCAUCUACGAGACCCUCGAGGCACGCGGAUGGUCUUUUCACAAGUGGAUACAGCAAACUUUUAGGUCAGCUUUCAGCGAGAAGAUACCUGGAGUCGCUGAUUGGAAAACGAGUAAGUGACGAUGUGAUGGAGGACCAAAGUCCAGUGAAGCGACAUUCAGAUGCCAUUUUCACAGACAACUACAGCCGAUUCCGCAAACAGAUGGCAGUGAAGAAAUACCUGAAUUCUGUACUGACAGGAAAAAGAAGCCAAGAAGACCCACCCAGUGAACAGGAAGAUUCCACUCGGAACGAGAGCCCCUUUGCAGAGAGCUUUGAUGACGGCAGAGUAGACGACUUCUUCAACCACAUGCCACUGCCACUAUGAGGACGGACCCCUUUUGAGAUGACGAGCUCACUCUGCCAACAUCCUCAAUGUGCCGUGUGCGGAUUAUUCAAAGGGACAGCAACAUAAAGGAAACACACAACAAUUCAGAUUAGAAAGGACACAAUAGUCCAUCAGUGACAAGUUUACAUUGUGUACAUAAUAUCCUUUAAAGAAAAUGGCCAGCCUACAGAUAACAGAAAACAGAAUUUUCCGUUUGGACAUUUCAACCCAGUUCUAGUCCACUGUGAAUGGUUGCUUAAUAAUAAAUGCAUUGAAUCAAGCAUUGGGCUUACAGAGUACAAUCGCAUAAUCCUCAGUUAUAUAAGGAGUCCAACAGUUAACCAAACAUUAAACACAGCACCUGAGUCAUAAAGUGACGUAACAUCAUUCUCCCAGUCUUUGAAAAAAAAAAAUGUUGUUGCAUUUUAUAAAUCUGAGUAAUUUUGUACAGAAAAAAAGUAUAUUGAUGUUGCCUCUACCUUGAUGCUUAAAAUGACGGGGACAAUGGUGGGGACACGUGGGUGGGAA